AGUCAACGCCAGAGGGCGCUAUGUGAAAAGAAGACUUGAUUUAGGGACAAAGGGUGACGCGGUAGUUACUCCACAGCACUCUAGCAGCAGAUGGCUAAUCUCUAGAUGUACACACGUGAAAACAAGUAUUAUUGCCGUAGAUGAGGUUGACGGUACUUCGACUUUCAGACUGAUCUAUCCCAUCGCCCCCGUGGUCUUCCGGGAUGAGCCGCACGCUCAGUUGGUGACAGCUGACAUGAACGACGUCAGCACAGAACACAACCAAGGCAGCACGCGGCUGAACGUCGCGCGUAGCUCAACUCUUAUCCCGUGAAACGACGGACGGAAACGGUAAAGAGGGAAAAAAAUCACCUUAUGAAGAAGUCACUUGAAGCUGACCCAACACUGCUCCUAAAAUGAGGAGACUGUCAAAGAAGAAGGCCCUGACUCUGGUGAAGGAGAUAGACGCUUUCCCCAAAGUGCCUGAGAGCUACGUGGAGUCCUCAGCCAGCGGAGGGACAGGUACGAGGACCCCCUCACAUACCACCUUUUCCUCUUAGUAGGGGAGACCGGGGAUGGUUGUAACAUUUUUGACAUUUUAAGGCACUUUAACAUAACUGGUGUGUGUGUGUGUGUUUGCAGUGGCUUCAACAAUUACACAGCUGUGUGUGUGUGUGUGUGUGUGUGUGUGUGUGUGUGUGUCUUAUAUUAACAUUUGAAUAUAAGAAACUGAACAAAAUGUUGAGAGGUACCCCCUGGCCAGUCGUUCUCUCCCACGACUAGGCAUACCUAAUUUCAAAGAAAACAUAAAGAUAACAAAAAGUUUGCUUAGGGGAGGUUGUAACAUUUUGCAUUGUUGUUACAACUAACCCAGACCAUUGUCACCAGGAACUAGCUUACUUUACAGCUAACAGCUAAAACUUUGCCAUGAACAUCCAUCCAUCCAUCCAUCCAUCCAUUUUCUACCGCUUAUUUCCGUUCCUGGGGUUGCAGGGGGGCUGGAGCCUAUCCCAGCAUCUUCGGGCGAAGGCAGGGGACACCCUGGACAAGUCGCCCGUUCAUCGCAGUGCUGACAUAAAGAGACGAACAACCAUUCACGCUCACAUUCACACCUAUGGGCAAUAUGGAAGUGGCCAAUUAACCUAACCCCACUUAGGCAUGUUUUUGGGAUGUGGGAGGAAACCGGAGUACCCGGAGUAAACCCAUGCAGACACAGGGAGAACUCCACACAAAAAUGCCCUGACCCGGAUUCGAACCCAGGACCUUCUUGCUGUGAGGCGACAGUGCUUGCCAUGAACAACUUGCAAGAAAAAUAUCUAUACAGACGCACAAAAAACGUGAUUUAAGUUUGAUGAGUUCAACUACAAAGCAGGCGAUAAUAUCAUAAAAAUAUCUGAAUUAAAAAAACUACUUUCUUAACUCAGAAUUUUUUUUUUUCUCUUAAAAUUGGCUGAGUCUACCAUAGGAUCCUACAUGUACACAUGUGGAACAAGGACUAAACUAAGCAUGUGCAGAGUGAGUCAGGUGAUUAGCGAAAUCGGAAGCGUUACAAUUGACCCGUGUUACAACCAUCCCUGGUCUUCCCUACAUUCAUUUUGCUACUAUUUUUCUUUCUUCCAGUGUCUCUGCUUGCAUUCACCCUCAUAGCUGUCCUCUCCUUCCUGGAGUUCUUUGUGUACAGAGACACAUGGAUUAAGUAUGAAUAUGAGGUGGACAAAGACUUCAGCAGGUAAGAGCUAAACAAAGUGUGUGACACUCACACCUGCAAUCCAGCAUAAAACCUACCCAAAAUUCUUCUAUGGUUUCACUUAAUGUUGACAGGGUCAUUCUCCCUGGUAGCUGCUGUGCCCAGGGGUUCAUAGUGUUAUGGUUGGUCAGUGUAUGUCUGGGUAACCCUAACUGUCUGUUUUUCACUCACAGUAAACUGAAGAUAAACAUUGACAUCACCGUGGCCAUGAGAUGCAAGGGUAAGUCCAGGAACGACCAUCUCAUCUAUUUUUGUUUGAGAAAGGUGUGAUGGAUGUUUUCAGCUUUUUCAUAUGGUUGGAUGCAGACAUAGGUGCAGAUGUCCUGGAUAUAGCAGAGACAAUGAUACCAACUGAUGCCUUGAAGUAUGAUCCAGUGAGUUUGAGCACCUUCAUCAUUCUUUAAUUCACAAUAAUUCAACAAAGGGAGAGUAUUAAAAAAGUAGUAUUCUAAUCCACUUUGUCAGCUCAGUCAUGCUCAGCUCACAGUUUUCUUUUUGUUAUUUUUUUGGUCACAUUUUCAGGUUGAUUUUGAGCUGACACCACAGCAACAGUUAUGGCAGAGGUAAACUUCACACCUUUAUUAUGUUCACAUUUAUGAACACUCCCUUAAGAAAUGUAGCAUUUUUAACCAGCAUAAGGCAUGAUUUGCUUUUACUUAUUAUUGAAGUGAUAGUUAAGUCUCUUGAUUAUAGUGCAUAAAAUCUGCAUAUUUCUGUUAGAGUUUCAAGCCUUUCUGAAGGACACCAAAUACUGUUUGCUAACUGUUGCCUUCACGGUAAAUAAACUUGGCAAACUGGUUUGUCUUGAUUAGCAAAGAGCCAGUGAGCAGGUUACUGUUCCGUACAUUUGGUUAAUAUAGAUGAUAUGUCUACAUUUAAAAUGCUGUAAGUGUUUUAGCUAAUUCAUCAUUGUAACUUUCCCCUCCACUCGCAGUACGCUGCUGCAAUUCCAGGAUCGUCUGAGAGUAGAGCAAGCUCUCCAGGAUGUUCUCUUUAAAGCUGCGAUGAAAGGACCUCCUCCUGCUCCACUGUCAAAGUACAGUUUUUUUCCAGACGCUGUUCAAAAUUAUUACAAAGAUCGACAAGGAGGUGUCACAGCUCACAUAUAUCCAGAUAAAAUAUUCCCUUUCUGUUGCUCUCUUCACCUGCAGUGAGGACGACUCAUUUUCCCGUAGUGCCUGCAGAAUACACGGACAUGUUUAUGUCAACAAGGUGGCAGGAAAUUUCCACAUUACUGUUGGCAAGUAUGUUUGAAAAAAGGACUAGUAUACAAUUACACCUAUGAUUAAUUAGAUAAAUAUAUAUCAGAUCCUUACAGUGUCACACACAGAACACAAACCUUUUCUCUCCACACAGGUCCAUCCCACAUCCCAGAGGCCACGCACAUCUCUCUGCAUUUAUUAGUGAUGACUGUAAGCGCAUUUUCUUGUAAUUAUACUGUUUCUUCAUGAUAAUAUUUGCGCUAUGCUGAAAAUUUGACAAAAAUUAUUAAUGCACGUAUGAUGAAAUACUCUUACAGUGACAAGUACCGAUUGCCUGUACAUACUACUUUGUUAUAGCAUAUAACUUUUCUCACCGGAUCGAUCACCUUUCCUUUGGGGAAGCGAUUCCUGGAAUCAUCAACCCUCUAGACGGCAUUGAGAAAGUUACACCUGUUGGUGGGUAACCUCUGUCCACCCUGAAUCCUGAUUUAAGAUCUUUUUUUUAUAUAUUAUUAUUAUACUGAUUAAUUUAAUGUAUUUAAAUAUGUAUCAGAGGAAAUGGAAAACUGACCAGCCUUUGUGUUGAAUAUUUUCAGCUAGCCACAUGUUUCAGUACUUCAUCACCAUUGUGCCCACCAAACUGAACACCCACAAGCUUUCUGCAGACACACAUCAGUUCUCUGUUACUGAACAGGUAUGUUUAGUUUUUGUAACUGUGUGUUUGUGCAGUGAAUCAUGCAUCAGUGUGGCGAGCAUGUUUGUAUUCCUCUUAUUUGCUCUGCAGGAGCGAGUGAUAAACCACGUUUUGGGCAGCCAUGGAAUCUCAGGGAUCUUCAUGAAGUAUGACAUCAGCUCACUGAUGGUUAAAGUCACAGAGCACCACAUGCCUCUCUGGAGGUUUCUCAUCAGACUCUGUGGGAUCAUUGGAGGCAUUUUCUCCACUACAGGUAAUGGAAGAUAUCUGUCAUAACAACUUUGAGCUGCAAACAAUCGUCACUGAGUGUCAGGAGCAAAGGCCAGAUUAGUUUACUGACUACUGGGCAGAUAUUUAUUAAUGUAACCACUGUCAGAAUAUUUUUAGCUGUUUAGAAGGCUUGCAUGAAAAAUGUGUUAAUAACAUUCAGGACAAACUUUCAACACUCGUGAACAUCUGCUUGAAAAAUGCUGUAGGUAGAGUUCUUACAGGCAGCAGUCACUCUGAGCGACAGCAGUGCAAAGCUGUCAGUGACAGAAACAUCUUCUGUGUGCCUUUGAGUGUAAAGGUGAUCAAUAAAUAAAUCCAAAGGUUGUCAAACAGCUUCUACCCCUUUACCUACAUUUUGGGGUGUAAGAAAACUGUGUUAAGGCAGAUAAACAAUGUUCCAUUAUUUUGCAUUUCAUCAAACUUCGUGAGCUUCAGCAACCAGUCACUCUCUCUCUUGUAGGCAUGCUUCACAGUGCGCUGGGGUUCUUAGUUGAUGUAAUCUGCUGUCGUUUCCGGAUGGGAUCCUACAAACAUUUGAAGGUGAAUCAAUGAAAUACCUGUUAAAACUCAAAGUUGGCAUGCUUUUCUUUUUUGGUGAAAAGGUUUCUAAAUAUUUCAUUUUCUUUUCUCAGGAUGUUCCUGUGGUUCAGCUGACCAACAGUGAAACGCUUAUUCCUACAGUCGACAACGAUCAACAGUGAACUCACAGGUCACCGAGCUGAUCUGACCCACCACACGGCAGUGGCAUGAUGGGAAAAUGUUUACAAAUGACUGUAAUUAUUAGGACAGUUUUUAAAACUAUAAGAAGACACGAUUGAUUUUUGACUGAGAAAGAUUUCAAUCGAUACAUCCACCAGGACAACUGAACAGAAAACUGAUGAUGACCUGCUGUCAGAGCUGUCAUGGUAACAUCCCACACAGGUGUUUUGACCUAUUCUGGUUUAUUAGAACUUUUCUCAGGGUUGUGCUUUGAUUGAUGUUCCUGGCUUGUGGGUUUUAAUUUGAUACUAUCGUGUUAUUUGUGAACUCUGAACUUUCAGCUUUGCAGUCCUGAAAACCUUUGUGAGUGAGCAGGGAUUUCAGGGUUUUUAUUUGUUACAUGAGUGUUUUAAUGCUUAUGAUGGUGACUUAAAAAUUGGUGUCUUUAAAAAAAAAAAAAUCAAAAUUUCUCCUGUUUUUCAUUCAUUUUUUGUUAUCUGUGUAUUGUCCAACCAUUACUUCAAGCCCCCCUAAAUAUUCAUAUAAAUGAUCUGAAACACACAAAAACACAGCAGCAGUGAGUAAAAGAAUCUAAAAGAAUAUUUUACACCAUGUCAAGAGUUUAUUUGACAGUAUUUCAGAAUAUCUUUCAGUAAACAAGUUUUUUGUUUUUUAGCAAAAUGUUAUAUAUCAGUACUGUCGCAUUUCAUAAAAAUAGUUGUUCACGUCUUUGAAACUACAGUAUCAAUGAUACAGUAAACCAUAUUUGUAGGAAUACAGCUGUACAAGGUGAAUAGUACACAAUUAACACUACACAGUUAUACUUGAUCUCAAUGGGGAUUCAUGAACGUGCCAUCCUUCACAGAUUCAAUAAAGCAGUUUUUUUGUUUUUGUAUACAAAAUCACUCACAGCAGGCAGGGGGACGGCCUGGACGGAGACAGAGGGCUGGAUGACAAAUCCUUUCACCUUUUCUGAACUUUGACAUUUGUAUAAACAUUUGACACGUUUCUACAGCCUACUGGGAUGCUCUCCUGCUCUUUGCUAACAUGACAGAUCACGUGAACCACAGCUGAGAAACAUCCAGACCAGCUUUUACUGAAAACUUACAAAUUGGUCUUAAAGGUCUGACGAACUUAAGUUCCACUCAAGAGAGAUUUUACCUGCAGGUCUUGCCACUCCAGUUCAUGCUGCAUUUAUGAACACUGUAUCUUCAAAAACUCAUCCGGUCCUCCAGUAAUCAAAAGCACUGGUGAUUUAUUUAAUUAAGAACAUUAUCUUGUUUGGAGAGAUGGAUGAUAUCGACAUGGAGGAAUGAAGGAUAAAAGUAAAUUCUUCAUCGCAUGUGUCUCUUGGUUCUAUAGCAGCACACUCUGACUCUGCUAAGUAUCAAAACUUUGUGAUCAAACAAACAUUUUACUGCAUUUGUGUUUCACAGAUCAUCUCAACUCCAGCGUUCAGCUUUAGCGAGUGCUGGUGCAGCUCUUCGCGCUUCAAACUGAACCUGUUUUCUUUACACAACAGACAAAUAAAGCUGAAAUGAGGCUCCUCUGAAA